AUGGCCACAGACAAGGCAGGGCAGGAGAAGAGGAGGCGCCACACCCACGCGGGCAGGAAGAAGACGGGACGCCGCGCCUUGUAUGUGACAGAUUCGGUGGCCAAUGGCGACCUGUGUCGGGAGGGAGGUAGCCCCUCCCACUCCUGGUCGGAGGAGCACUGCAAGGAGCUGUGGGAUCGAGUGGAAGGAGCUAGAAACAAGCUGGUGCGCAUCAUCAACCCGGCCAAGCUGACGCCGUACCUUCGCCAGUGCAAGGUCAUCGACGAGCAGGACGAAGACGAGGUGCUCAACUCCUCCCGUCUACGCAUCACCAAGGCUGGUCGUCUGCUGGACAUUCUGGGUUGUCAGGGCCAGCGAGGUCUUCAGGCCUUCAUGGAGUCCUUGGAGCUCUACCACCCAGAGCAGUACACCAAGCUGACGGGCAAGAGAGCCACCCAGCGCUGCUCCCUCAUCCUGGACGAGGAAGGACCACAGGUCCUGACUCAGUUUCUGCUGGUGGAGGUGCGACAACUCCGACAGCAGCUUCAGAAGAGUCAGCGAUGCGAGCGCAGCGUCUCUCGCCGCUGCCAGGUGGCCGAAGACGAACGCCGCGAGUUGCGUCACGACAGGCAGGUGCUGCAAAGGCUCCAAAAAGACUGGGAGUCGGCCUGUCAAGAGGUUGGCAAGCUGAAAGAUCGACACCUGGAACAGUCGGUGAAGUACUCCAGGGUGCUGGAGGAGCAAAAUACUCAGAAAAAGCUGGUGGAGGAGCUCAGGUCCAGGCUGACGGAGGCCGAGACACAAGCUGAAGGAAACAAAAAGAAGAGCGUGGUGUCCACCGCAGGUUGUGCGUGUCCACAUCCUGCAGCAGAAAGGCCAGCAUACCUUUUUGAUCUGCCCACAACCCACAACACAGGAGCUCAGGCGGUAGACCUUGAAAAAAAGGCACUGAUGGACAUGAUGCACCAGGACUGCCUGGAAGCUGCAGAUAAGAGACAGGAGCUGUGCAGUAUCAUCACCAGACUGCAGGGGGAGAUAUGGAGCACUGAGGAGCACAGGGACAAGCUCCAGUCGCAGUGUGAGCAGCUCCAGCUGAAGGUCAAAGCUCUGCAGCUGGACUGGGAGGCGGAACAGAGGAGGAGCAUGUCCUACUUUCAGCAGAACAUCGACUUGAAAAGGGAGCGGGACGAGGCCCUGUGCAGCCGCUACAGCCUGCACCUGGAGUACACCAACUGUCUGCUGGACAAGGACUGCCUGCGCAAACGCAACGUGCAGCUGCAGGCCAGCCUGGACCAGCGCCAGCACGAGCUGCAGCGAGAGCGGCAAAAGAGCCAGGAGCAGUUGGAGAAGAUCAGGCCCUGCCUGAACUGUUCCACCUUGUCGCUGAACAUUGAAGAGCAGUGUGACGGCCCCUGCUGCUCCCUCAACCUGGACCUCAGCCUGCCUAAUGACACCCAUCCCAACUUACCCAAGACAGAAGAUGGCAAGAAGGAAAGACAUCUCUCCACGUACACAUUUCCUCCUUGCAAGAACUCCUUUCGAAAACGAGGUCAAAAUGCGGCGUUGGCCUUGGACUCUUGUAGCAGCGAUGACAAUGACAACGUUGCAGGUGAAGAAGGUAAACCUUCUCUGAUGGACUCCUGCAGCUCAGUGCACUCCCAUUUCUUCCCGCCUGACCUGCUCUCCUUGCCUGGAACCUUGCAGAGGAUCCACGGCGGGUCCAGGUUGGACUUGGAUUCUUGUUGUUCCGAUGAUACUGACAUCAUGUCGGGUGAUCAAAGUAAACCUUCUCUGAUGGACUCCUGGAGCUCGGUGCACUCGCAUUAUUUCCCGCCUGACCUGGUCUCCCUGCCUGACAACACCCGCAGGACCAGCAGACCCAGGGUUCAACCAGUCUUUCCAACCUCGGGCCCUCUGAUCACGCCUGGAAGAGCCAGCCUGGUUGAUGACUUGACCAUAAUCGGUGGAAAUCAAACGGGGAUCUUUGUCAACUACGUUAAAGCUGGUUCAGCAGCGGAACUUUGUGGACUGAAGGAGGGCAGUGAGCUCCUUGAGCUGGAGCGAGUUCUUUUGGGCGGUGGCAGCGUGGUGUUCAGCCAGUGCACCGCCGAGGUGGCACACCUGAGUCUGCAGUGGUGGACGGAACCUUCAGCGCUCAAACACCAGAGCAACCAGGAGGCCUACGCCAGGCUGUGCGCCCGCAUCUCCCUGUCCACUUUCAAUGGCGGCGACUCCUUUUACGUGCGGGUCAAUCUCAACAUGGAGGCUCUCUGCGACCCGUCGUACCUGGGUGUGUCCUGUGAUGACAUCAUCCACGUGACAGACACCAGGCACAAUGGCAAGUACAGCUGGCGCUGCUGUCUGGUGGACCCGGACUCUGCCAGCCCCCUGCAGGCCGGGGACAUGCCCAACUAUGACAGAGCACAGCAGCUGCUGAUGUUCCUGGUGCAGAAGAACUUCAAACAGAAGUUCAAGGAGAAGUCGUGUGCUCGUGUUAGACUGGUCCAGGCUGUGGACCCCAGCUGUCAUGGAGUGACCCCCAAACAGCAGCAGGUUCUUUACACGCUGAACAAACGGCAUGAAGAUCACUUCAUUCCUUACAGCCUGGUGCAGCCGAUGAAGGUCCACACCAAGCGGCCCGUCAUCUUCUCGCCCUCUCUCCUCUCCCGCGGCCUCAUUGAGAGACUCCUGAAGCGUGUGGAGUCGUGUUUGCAGUACAACACCUGUGUACCAGAGACCAUCCCGACAUCUGAGAGGAGUGACAAGACAAUAUUCUUAUUGGAUUCCGACGAUGAAGAGCCAGCGUUGGGCAUUCGGCUUCAAUCCAUCCAGGACGCCAUCAGCCAGGACAAACAUUGCUUGUUGGAGCUGGGACUGUCCUGUGUGGAGGCUUUGCUGAGACAAGACAUUUGCCCCAUUGUCAUCCACAUCCUCCCCAAGACUAAAAAACGCAAGAAGCUGAGAAAGUUUAUCUCCACCAGAAAGAGAACCUUCUUCCCCCGCUUUGACGAGAGCGUGAUGGAGGACGUGUGCCAGACGGAGGAGCUGCAGCUGCAGAGUCUGCCCCUGCUCUACCACACGCUGGACUCCAGCACCUGGAGCUGCACGGAGGAGCUGCUGGCCGCCAUACACAACGCCAUCACCCGCCAGCAGAUGGCACUAGCCUGGCUGGAAGCAGACAGGCUGUAGGAGAAUGCUUCUUAACACUCUUACUUCCUGGGUGGGAACAAUUCUCCUUUCAUCACAUCUAACUAUUCACCCAUCAAAUUCAACUAUUCACCCAUCAGAUUAAACCAUUGGCCGAUCAGAUUGAAAUAUUGGCCAAUCAGAUUAAACUAUUGACCGAUCACAUUAAACGAUUGACCGAUCAAACAAUUGACCAAUCCGAUUAAACGAUUGACCGAUCAGAUUAAAUUAUUGGCCGAUCAGAUGAAACUAUUGACCGAUCAGAUUAAACGAUUGGCCGAUCAGAUUGAACUAUUGACCAAUCAGAUUAAACAAUUGACCGAUUGACUGAUCAGAUUAAAUGAUUGACUGAUCAAGCAAUUGACCGAUCCGAUUAAACGAUUGACGGAUCACAUUAAACUAUUGGUCGAUCAGAUUAAACUAUUGGCCGAUCAGAUGAAACUAUUGACCGAUCAGAUUAAACGAUUGGUCGAUCAGAUUGAACUAUUGGCUGAUCAGAUUAAACUAUUGACCGAUCAAACGAUUGAUCGAUCAGAUUAAACGAUUGACCGAUCACAUUAAACGAUUGACCGAUCAAAAACUGACCGAUUCGAUUAAACGAUUGACUGAUCAGAUGAAACUAUUGGCCGAUCAGAUUAAACGAUUGGUCGAUCAGAUUGAACUAUUGACCAAUCAGAUUAAACAAUUGACCGAUCAAACAAUUGACCGAUCAGAUUAAACGAUUGACCAAUCAGAUUAAACGAUUGACCAAUCAGAUUAAACGAUUGACCGAUCACAUUAAAUGAUUGACCGAUCAGAUUAAACCAUUGACCGAUCAGAUUACAAGAUUAGUCUAUACUAUCGUUUGGGUUCUAAUAGAAUUCAGGUUUUACCCUGACUUCCUGGAUUAUUUUCUAGCCUUGUUACAAGACGCAAACUAGGCACCGGCUCAAGCACUCGGCGGGGAAACAAGCAGUAAACACUCAGAUUGGACUCAGCCGGACUGCCUAGCAAUUUUCCAUGCCAACAAAGCAGGCAUGCCUGAUUAAAAAUAAAAAAAUUAAAAAAAACGCUCAAAAGUACAGCAAGGCUCCUCUCUUUAAAAAUGAGCUAGCCCCAUGCUAAUUGACAUUGUAUUUGCCAUAGACAUGCUAUCAAUUAGCACUAGCGAUUUAACGUUUAUUAAGACAAACGUUUCAAAAAUCAGUAUCGUAGAGUACUGGUAUCGAUUCCUAUAGGAGUUGGUGCCGUAUCGACUCAAAUGUGAACGUACCUUUCUCUUGACAGCAGAAAGUGAGGUGAAUUGACCUAAAGUAGAUGUAAUAAUCACUGAAUGACAGCAGAAAGUGAGGUGAAUUGACCUAAAGUAGAUGUAAUAAUCACUGAAUGACAGCAGAAAGUGAGGUGAUUUUAAUAAUGGCUGAAUGAUUCUUCAUAUUUGACUGGACUGUUUUCACUUUUCAAAACAUUUGUGAUAAAAGCAUCAGUAAAUGUGCGUGUAACCUAGGAGUUUAUCCCCCACGUGUGUACUUGACUUAUUUACACUUUCUCGUGACAUGUAGGAAGAAGCCGAGCUUAUUCAAUCCCACCUAUUUUAUUUUUUUCAUUUCAUAGCCAUUUUUUGUCUCAGCCUGUAACAAAUGAAUAUGAAUAAAGUUGUGGUG